CACUGAGACGCGCCUUGUCUGUAUCUUUAAUUGAUUUCCGCUUUCAGUUGUUCUCGACUUUUCAACUUUGGAGAAGACAGAGCGUUUUCUAUCAAGCGCCUCGAAUUGCUCUUUUCUUCAAAAUCAAGAGUAGCGCCAUAAUGGACGAACAGCUAAAAUCCGAAUAUGAGAGCCAAAGUCUACAGUUGCGCGCAGAACUGAAGCAAUUCGAGGGAGAAUGGGCACAGAACCACGACGGCAAGAAGCCGUCCCGUGAAGCCAUCAAACAGAAUCCGGAUAUUGCCCAGAAAUACAAGCAGUACAACAAACUCCGCGACAUACUCUCCGGAAAGAUCCCUCCUCCCAAAAGCGACAACCAAGACCCGAGCCAACGCAAGCGCAAGCAAGCAGAGACAUUCCUCCCAUCCGCCUCGACUCCCUCCAAACGAAACAAAUCUGCCGCUACUCCCAAAUCACAACACUAUAUUGCCGUCGAUGAAGCCAUCACCCCAGAGGUAGCACGGAAACUCUUCAGCCCUGCCGUCCCAUCCUCGAUUGGCCCUACGCCCCAAAAAGAUGGCCGUGUUCUCGGUCUCUUCGACCUUAUAUCCCAUACCUCCUCCAAGUCAACAGAUGACUCCAAACCAAGAGCGCCCGGAUUUACGGCUACGCCAAGUAAACGCCGCCAUGCCCUAGACCUCGAGAACGAUAAGGAUGAUGAUGAGAAGGACGACAAGGAAUUCAUAACCCCCAGCAUCCCGCGACAUCGUAAUCUCGACAGAACCCCGUCCUCUGGGCGCAAUCGCAACCUCCUCGAUAGCUUCCUCGGAGUCCGUGCCACCAACACAUCCACACCACUAAACAAAAACAAUGGGAACUCACCCUCGAAAAGCUACCUCAACAAGACACCGUCCGGGGAGCGGUCUGUGUCUAAGCUACAGUUCGCCACACCCGCUUUCUUACGUCGUAUAUCUGCGCCGUUACCACCUGUGGACGAAAACGGCGAGUGGCUGGACAUCGAGCCCUUGAAGCUACCACGAAAACCGUUCAGCAUAGCAAAAGGCAGGGGGCUGAGCCGCGUGGUAGCCAGCCUACGGAAGAUGGAGGAAGAAAAGCUGGACGAGGAGCUGGAUAUGUUGAGGGAAAUGGAAGCAAUGGAACAAGGCGAAAUGGGUCCUCCUCCGCCAAAGAAGACGGUUGCGCCCCCAAGGGAAGACACAGAUAAUCAGAAAGCACGUCCUGCGGGGACAGAAGGAGGAGCAGCAGAAGAAGAGGCAAACGAUUUCGAAGAGGACGAGGCAGCUCUGAUCGAGGUCGAAGCUAGCUUCCUUGAAUCACCAUCAUCGAAGAGGAAGAAGGAGAGGCAGCGACCGGUCCUACUAAGCGGUUUCGACGAUGAGAAUGUCUACGACAGCCAAGAUGACGGCGACUUGAGUAAGGAGGGACUAGAUCGCAAUGGACAGCCGUUAAGGGUGUUCAAGAAGAAGGGACAGAAGAGGACGACCAGGAAGGUCAACAUGCGACCGACAAGGACGAAACGACCUAGUGCACCGGUUGCCGAGGAAGAGGAUGACGACAGUGAGGAAGAAGAAGAAGAAGAAGAAGAUGGCGACGACGUGAUACCGGAGACACAAUUCGAUGCGACCAAGAAUAAUGCGGCUGGAGAUGAUAGUCACAAUCUGGAUCCGUUGUUGUCUAGAGGAUCAGGGUCGGAGUUUGAUGAUGAUGAUGAUGGGUCAGAAGGUGAAGGUGAAGGUGAAGAUGAGGAAGCAGAGGCGAGCACGACAAAGACUGCAAAGGCUGCAAAGAAGAAGGUGCCAGCAAAGCCCAAGGAAAAGAAAAAGAAGGAUGUGACUACGAAGAAGACGAAGAACAAGAAGAACGGAGGGAAAGAGGAUGGUGAUGAAGAACCGGUCAAGAAGCCGCGUAUGGUCAAGGCUACGGCAAAUGCGAACUUCAAGAGGUUGAAGCUGAAGAAUAACGGGGCAAAGGGUGGGCCGGCUCAUAACAGCCGGUUUAGGAGGAGGAGGUAGUGCUGUGAGAUGUUAAGCAUAACGAACGGUAUCGGGAGGGAGGUAAUGAAGAGAUGAACUGUGAUAUUGCGUCUUAUCUUUUUUUUUGGCGCCAUUCAACGUGAAGGACAUGGAGCUAUUAUUGAUAGUAGAACAGGACGACUUGUCGUUAUCCAUUUCUUAUACGAGCGGCAAGUAUACUUAGGUGGGAAUGUAUCACGUAUCAAUUCACAGCAGUCGGUAGGUGC